UCAACUUGUCAUUGUCUGUGAAGGCAAUUCGCAUCGCACGUUUUGCACCGGUGAAUUUUACGCAUUCUGCGUAAUUGUGCAUAUAAUUCAAUAGUAUCUUUUAAAUUGUGUAAAUAUAAAACAUGACUGUAGACGAAGGGAUCGAUAUUUCUAAAGCUGGAGACCGUGGCGUAUUGAAGAGGAUCAUCAAAGAAGGGGAAGGAACUGAUACGCCUAAUCCUGGUUGUCAGGUUACCGUACAUUACACCGGUACCCUUUUAGAUGGUACUAAAUUUGAUUCUAGUAAAGACAGAAAUGAACCUUUCGAGUUUCAACUUGGCAAAGGUGAAGUGAUCAAAGCAUGGGAUAUUGGUGUGGCAACUAUGAAGAAAGGGGAGGUGUGUGUGCUAACCUGUGCCCCAGAGUAUGCUUAUGGUGCUGCGGGAAGCCCCCCUAAAAUACCACCCAAUUCUACCUUGCAGUUUGAGGUUGAAAUGAUUGACUGGAAAGUGGAAGACCUCAGUCCCGGCAAGAAGAAGGGAAUCUUACGGCACAUCCUUGAGCAAGGGUCUGGACUGGAUUAUCCUAAUGAUGGGGCAUUGGUUACAGUUGAACUUGAGGGGCGUUUACAAGCUGAUGGUAAAGUUUUCGAUACAAGAACAUUAAGCUUCCCGCUUGGUGAGGGUACAGAGAACAAUAUAUGUGAAGGUAUUGAAAGGGCCCUAGAGAGGUUCCAGAAAGGUGAAAAGUCCAGAUUGACUAUUGCACCCAAGUAUGGGUACAAAUCUGAAGGUAAUGCCUCUCUAGGAGUCCCUCCAGACUCUACACUGGAGUAUAUAGUGAAAUUAGUUAACUUUGAGAAAGCCAAAGAAUCUUGGGCUAUGGAUGGGGCGGAAAAACUGGAGCAAGCAAAGAUAUUCAAAGAGAAGGGGACUGGAUACUUUAAGAACAGUAAAUUCCAGCUGGCUAUCAAAAUGUACAAGAGGGUUACAAGCUUACUUGAAGAUAUGAUUGAAAACACAUCGGAGAAUGAAGAGAACAAAACUCAAGCUAAGGAGCUGCUUCUGUCAGCAUACCUGAACCUUUCCCUGGUGUACCUAAAGGUGACUCCUGCCCAUCACUUUGAGGCGAGGGACUUUGCCACGAAGGCCCUGAAGUUUGACCCUGAGAAUGUAAAGGGUCUGUUCAGACGAGGUCAAGCUCUCCUCGGAUUGGGAGAAGCGGAGCAAGCUAUAGAAGAUUUCCAGAAGGUUGUUAGUGCUGAGCCUCAGAAUAAGGCGGCCGGCAAUCAGAUACUAGUGUGUCGCGCGGCGCUGCAGAAGCAGAAGCAGAAGGAGAAGCAGUUGUACGCGAACAUGUUCGACAAGUUCGCCAAACAUGACUCGGAGGUAACAGGUCUGCUCAAACAUAUAAAGUAACACUAUUGCACAUAU